AUGUGGAAACGAUUGCAGGGUGCCGUCCGGGAUAAGGAUAAGGAGAGGCAUGCACGAAUAGGCAAUCCCGUACUUCUUGAAACCACUUAUGACGAGGAUCAACUGAAUCGCAAUCCCAAAGUGACCGACCUCCAAAAUGGCAGUCACCAGAAUUAUGCGCUCCCUCCGCUGUCCCAUUUAUCAGCUCCUCACGAGCCUCCCCACUAUAGAUCGUCAGAAGUACCAACAGCCUCGUCUAUUUACUCACAAGACACACUCUGCUACAACAACGACAAUCCCACAGCCACAUCUCCCUCCGCUUACGACGACAUAUCGCCUCCUAGCUCUCCUGAACCAGAACAGCACUCCUCCUCUUUUCUACCUCGAAGAUUCCGCUCCAUGCGCGACGUAUCACCCAUGGACGAAGACCGCAAGAAACUAGAAGACAACACCCGCGCGGGUAGCCACAUUCCUGUUCUACGCAGAGCGCCAUCCGUGCUUAGGAAUGGCGACGCAGAGCCAGGAACAAAGCAGAAGUUUUGGGAGGGCAAGCUUGCACCGAAUUCUAAAGUGAAAUGGGACGAGUAUUCAGGCGAGCCCAAUAGUGCAGGAAAGGCCGCGUCAGUUGAUCCAGUCUCUUAUGCGAAAGGCGUGGCAUCGUCAGACAAGCCUAUGGGGUAUCAGGUUUCAGUCAGUGGGCCUCAGAAAAAGAACACAAGUUUCGGCGAGCGUGUUGGCCGCUUCGGGUCGAAGCGUUCACCACCGCCCGUGGAGCCGUGGAGCCGAGCUACGGGACGAUCAGAGAUCGCACCUCCGCUGAAAUACCAACCUGCAGAUAAACCAUUACAGAUACCACGAAAGACAGUCUCACCGAGCACAGACCAAGAGGUGUCAAACGCGCUUGCAGCUGCCAUCAUCUUCGAUACCAAACUGCCUGAUACUCAAUACGUAACAACUGAAAUGGCGCCCAAGGAUCCGCGCGACAACGAUAUGCGCUACAAUGACAGCAUUAAGCCGAUUGCCCCGCUCAAAGUAGGAAAGAAUACUCCCACCUCACCUCAAGGCUUAGGGAUUACGACUUCGUAUCCGAGCCCUAUUACUCCAACCACCCGCACACAGAUGAACCAGUCACCAGCCACUGUGACACCAGUAGAACAGACGCUAUACCCCAGCUUACGAAACACGACCCCGCCUUCGGACAAGGACAAGCAAGCGCCCAUCAGCCGAUUUUCGUGGACUACCUACAACAGCGCGACGACCGCCCAACACUCACCACCACCCUCACCACCGAUUGCGAAGCGCGUCGUGACAGAACCCAUAUCAGCCGCCUCGUCAAUCCUGAAUCGCCGCCGCCCAGUACCAUCAGCAGAUAGUGCCAACGCGCCCAGCAUGCCCAAAGUCUAUGCCCGUAACCCAACUUCCCCUUACGCCUCAUCCACCUUCUCCAACUCGUCCAAAAAGGCACUGCCACACCCCCCUAGCGCUCUCAGCGCCAUCGACCACAUUGCCUACCUGGAAUCGCAACAAGAAGACCUGCGUAUCCGUCGUAACAAUGUGUACCGCCUACUAAAGGACUUGAACAACGCUGCGCCGACUAACCCGCUAGUCACUGACUUCAAAAAGGCCAGGGUGGCGGAAGAGAGGAAGAAGGCGUUUCAAGAAGAGUUGGAUGAGAUUCGCGCCGAGGAGCAUGACAUUGGGCUCAAACUUCAUCGCGCGUGGAAGAAGAGGGAGAGGGAUGAUCCAAACUCCAAUGGGAGUGCGUUGUGGGUGAGGAGAGUUACCAGCUAA